AGACUCGAUCGGGACUCGGACGUUACGACCCGAUCAGAGAUCGGUUUUAUAUAUAUUUAUUUAGUCAUUAUUUGUAUUAGAUUGUUGAUAUAUGGGCUAUUGGUGAUUCAAAAAAAUAAAAAAUAAAAUGAGUAUUUACUACCACCGUUUACGGCAUGCGCAUGUGCAGAAGACCAGCAUGCUAGUUUGUUUUGAAGCGGAGUGGCGAGUUGUGGCGCACCAUGUCUGCUUUGUGGAAGUAUUUUGAAGUAUGUGAGGAGAACGAUGCAGUCGCAAACUGUCAAAUUUGCAAAGUUGGAAUAUCGAGGGGUGGUAAGGACAAAGCGUCGUUUAAUACCACAAACUUAAUUCGGCACUUAAAAAACAAACACCCGGCCGAACAUGCGGAGUUUAUGCAAACAAUCAAGCCGAAAACUAGCCACCAGCUCACAGUGGUAGAGGCUUUUAAGAGGAAGGAGAAACUGCCCCAUGACAGCGAAAAGUCGAGAAAGUUAACCCAAAAAAUUGCUGAAAUGAUAGCAAUGAGUGACCAGCCACUCUCCCUGGUAGACGACCCGGGUUUUAGAAUGCUUAUGGAGUACAUGGAGCCAAGGUACGAAAUGCCGUCUCGACGCCACAUGACGGAAAAGGCCCUACCAGCGCUCCAGAAAAAAAUUAUCGACAAGUUAAUUGUCCUACUGAAAGAUGUGCCUGACGUCGCAUUCACCACAGAUAUCUGGAGCUCGUCUGUGUGCCCCAUGUCCCUUCUAAGCCUCACUGCUCAAUGGAUAAACUCCAGCUUUGUGUUAUGCCGUGCGACUUUGCACGCGCAUGAAUUUCGAGGCUCCCACACAGCUGAGCGCAUCCAGCAGGAGAUUGAGAAGAUGCUGAACAACUGGGGAAUAGAAAAAAAACGAGUUCAUGUCAUUUUGCGUGAUAACGCCGCAAAUAUGAAGAGAGCCAUGCUGGACAUGGGAGUACAGAGUCUGGGCUGUGUGGCGCACACAUUACAACUUGUCGUGCACGAGGGACUGCUAUCCCAGCGCAGCGUCACAGACACACUGGCAAACGCAAGAAAGAUAGUCGGCCAUUUCAAGCACUCCCCUCUGGCCUACUCCCGUCUGGAAGAUAUCCAGGUGGACUUGAACAUGGGUGUCAAGCGUCUGCAGCAAGAUGUGCAGACAAGAUGGAAUAGCAGCCUCUACAUGCUGCAGAGUCUGUUAGAACAAAAACGGGCUCUCAGUGUGUAUGCUGCUGAACGCACUCUACCAGCGACACUGACUGCUCACCAGUGGGAGCUGAUGGCGAAGACAGCAGAGGUGCUUGUUCCCUUUGAAGAGCUGACCAGGGAUGUGAGCAGAGAGACUGCAUCUGCAGCUGACGUGUUGCCUGCCAUUACAGACGUGUUCUCUCGAGAGAGGAAGAGCAAGACCAGGGAAUCAGGACAAUGAAGAGGGCUCUCCUUGAGGCAGUGGAGAAACGCUUUGCAAAUGUGGAAACAGAGCCACUCUUCUACAUGGCAACUCUACUCGACCCCAGAUACAAAGAUGGUUUCUUCACCAAGUCAGCCCACCUGGCGCAUGCCAAAGACCACCUCAUCGAGGAGGUAGCAAAGAAGAUGGAGGAGAGGAGGGCCACCACCAGCAAAGAGCCAGAGGCAGCAGAGCCAGUGAGCAAGUCCCCACGUCGUGAAGGAAGCAGCAGCCUGGCAAGCACCUUUGAUGAGUUGCACUAUGUUCUAAUGUGAAGAGUAUUUUUUCUGUUUCGACCGGAGAAUGUUCAAGCACUGCUUGCAUGCAAAAUUGUGUGUGAUGUGUUGUGUGUGUUACUUAUUAAAAUAUAAUAAUAAAUAAGGGACACCUUG